AUGGAAAGCACGUGCGACUCCGCUUUCCGUCCCUUUGAGUCCACGCCCGGGCGCCCGUCUCCAUGGGAACCACCCGCGCAUGUCCCAGCUCUCUUUCCCGUUCCUCGGAAGGAAGAGGAGGAGGCAAGCGACCGUUCUCCCUUCGGUCGUCUGAGACCGCCCGCGCGCGUGCUGCUCCCCAUUCCGCGGAGCCAGCCGCCGCGCGCCGGGCGGCUCCGCUCGACAGGAGACGGUUUGAUUCCAGGGGCGGCGGCGGCGUUGAUGUCGCGAAGGCGCGUCUCCGCCAGCCCGGAGCUGAGCUGGCGACAGGACCAGGCGCUGGGCAGCACCAUGCGCAUCGUGCGGGAGCUGGGGCCCACCGCUUUCGUCCUGCAGGAGGCAGAUCAGAGGGCCGCGGAACACAGGGUUUCCCUGGGGAACCCUCACUUAUGCAGCUGCUCAGUAUUUCUGAAAGAGAAGGACCUUUGUAAACAUAUCUGCUGGUUAUUAUUAAAAAAGUUCAAACUUCCAAGAGACCAUGAAUAUGCUUUACAGAUUGGUCUGUUGGAAAGAGAAAUUAACUAUCUGCUUCAGAGUCCACAAGUUGCCCCCCAAGUAAAAGUAAUUGUCCGUUCUUUGAAGGAGUUGCAACCAGUUGAUGGGUACAUUAAACAAAAAAAUAUUGGUAAUGAGGAUAUAUGUCCGAUUUGCCAGGAUGUGCUACUCAAAAAAAUGCUUCCUGUCACUUACUGCAGGUUUGGCUGUGGCAACAACAUACAUGUAGUGUGUAUGAAAAUCUGGAUUGAUCAUCAGCGAGAGUUAGAGAAAGAUUCUUUAGUGAAGUGCCCUCUGUGUAGGGAAAAUUUUGCACCACUGAAGCUUAUCUUGGAAGAAUUCAGAAACUGCAAAAGACUUGUCACUGCAGCAGAAAAACAAAGCCUUGACAAACACCUUGGAAUCCCUUGCAAUAACUGCAGAGUACUACCCAUCGAGGGAAAUUGCUACAAGUGUGCUGAAUGUAGUGAAUACCAUCUAUGCCAUGGAUGCUUUCGAAGCUUUUGUCAUCCUUCACAUACUUUCACUUUCCGAGAGAAAAGGAAUCAGAGAUGGAAGUCAGUUGAACCAAAAGUACAACUGUCAACAUCAGAAGAAAACCUGAAGAGCAUUAAUCCAGAAGAGAAGUUUAAAGAAGAAAAAAACAAGGAACAAUUCAGCUGCAUACCAGAGCAGGUGCUGAACUCAGUACCCAAGAUGGUGGUUAGAAAGUGCAGUCCUUUACUCGAUCCAGGCUUACAGUGCAGACUCUGCUUGAAGAUAUUCUGCCUGGGUCAAGUGGCAAGAGCCUUACCAUGUAAUCACAAGUUCCACAGAAAAUGCAUUGACCAUUGGUUGCAGAAAGAAAAUGCAUGUCCUAUUGAUGGCCAUGUUGUGUAUAAUCCAUUAACGUGGGAGACUGCACCUAGCAAAGAGAAAGUAAAUCAAUUAGGGUCUCAAGCAAAGAGCCUCCUUGCAAAGCAGCCUGAGCUGGAGCUUUUUAUACCAGGUACUGGAUUGUCUGUGAAGCAAAUGAAGCCUCACAUCAUGGAGGCAUCUCAAAGUAGUUUUCAAGGAGACCGUAACAAGAAGAAAAGUUCUGCAGAGAUUGAGCGGAACUUAACACUGAAUGGUUUCAGCUACCCUUGUACCAGAGAUUCUGGCCCUAGCUUGCUUAGCACUCAGAAACCAAGACAUUUAAAAUUUUCUAGACAUAUAAAGGGUUUAGUUCUUAUUCCCAGAGCUAAUGCUGAUAAAUUUACCCAUAAAGUAGUUGGUACUGAUUUAAGAUUAUGCACAAAUGGAAAGACAGAUUAAAAUUACAACGCUGUACAUUUUUGUAAGAAAGUAGGUUCUAUUGUAGUUAUUUGGAAAUACAAAGGAUCCAGAUGCUUUAGCUAUUAUAUGAAUAUUAAGAAAUUUUAAAAAUUUAUGAAAGUCAUUUUCACUUGGUUUGAUAUUCAGAAAAAGGUUUACAUAAAAUAGUAUGUUUAUCAGCAUUUAAAAAGACCAGUUUCUAAGUUUUUUAGCUCCAGUAAAUUCAAAUUCUUAAGUCUAAAUAUAUGAACUACUUUUACUAAUAUCUAAAAUGAUAAGCACACCACCAUUUGAUAUUCAACUAUUUGCCCUGAUUCUGCUUCUUCAGUGCAUUUAACAUAAUUCAUGAAAUGAGGGAUGCAUUAUAAUAAAUUGUGAAAAAACAAGAAAUCUACUAUGGAUGAGAAUCUGAAAGUUUAAGCAAAGCUGCAGAACUUACCAUAAAGAGUCUGCAUUUGGUUAAGAAAAAUAUUAAUAAAAAGCUAAGUGAUUUAAACACUAAUUUCAGCUUAAACUGUAACUAAACAUUUUUGUGGAAAUAUUUUUCUUGCUGUAUCUGGUAGUUGUUUUAUUGCUUCAACUUAGUUAUAAGUCAAUAUAAAUCUGAAACAAGUUUAGUCUGAAUCUUAUUUGCAUCUUCAAAUGUUUAUGCCCCUCAAGAGAUAAAGAGAUGGUUAAUAAAAACAUUACUCUUUCUUGCUGAUAGAAAUGGAAUCUCCUUCGAAGAGAUAAAUUGCUUUUGUAAUGGCAUUGUAAUAAAAAACAUUUUAUUUAAUCAUGAAUGACAGCCCUAGUAUGAACCAGCACAUAGAUGUAAUAGGAAACAUUGCUUCUUUAAUAUGAACAAUAAAUAGCAAG